GAGACGAGCGUCGCUUUGGGAACCCGGACUCCUUGACUCGACCCCCUAUAAAAGCAUGUCGGUCGCCAGGCAGUUCUUCAAUUUACUUUCUUCAAGAGAAUUCAAUAAAGGAAAAAGCAAAGGCUUAUGACAGUAAUGAACCCAAGAAACCAGCAGGGUAUCAACCAAAUAUUUAUACACCACUAAAAGAAAGAAAGGCUGACUUCCUUGAGAAGAAUCAAGAGUACCGCUCAACUACAUCACAGAGCAGAAGCAAAUUUCGAGAUCAGUCCAGUAUAGGGAAGCAGUCACAGCCUUUGGCCAAAAAUGACGGUGAAUCGCAGAGUGGAUUUCACAAGAGCUGGACUUUGUUACUGGUUCUGUUAAUUAGUGUCCCAUCGCUUUAUGUCUUGUGGAGUGGAAUGCCAAGUCUUCUAGAUGCAACUUUGUCAAGUAGAGAUACUCAAAUUCUGCAAGCGUUUCGGGCCCGAAUGAAGAAACUAAAAAAUACUUACCAAAGUCAGCACCCCAAUCUGUGGAAAAGAACCCACGUCUUCCUUGAGAAACAUCUCAAUGCUUCCCAUCUGCAUUUAGAGCCAGCCAUCUUACUGUUCACAGCUGGCCAAGAAGCUGAGAAAGCACUGAGGUGCCUAAGUAACGAGAUUGCCGAUGCCUUUGCCUUCUCCCAGAAUGCUACUACCAUCAAAAUUAAUGGGGCAGACAAAGCCAUAUUGGAUAGUGACAUUGUCAAGCUGGAGGUAGAUGAUGAGCUCAGCUCUGGGUUCAGAGAAGGCAAGAAGGUAGCAGUGGUGCAUCGAUUUGAGUUACUACCCGCAGGCUCCACCUUAAUCUUUUACAAGUACUGUGACCAUGAAAACGCAGCAUUUAAGGAUGUGGCUCUUCUGCUGACAGUUCUCCUGGAUGAGCAGUCGCUGGGAAAGAGCCUCACCUUACAAGAAGUUGAGGAGAAAGUCCGGGAUUUCCUCUGGGCAAAGUUUACCAGUUCAGAUGUUCCUAAUUCUUAUACUGGCAUGGACACAGAUAAGCUGAGUGGACUGUGGAGCCUCUGUCUCAAACAGUUCUGGAGAGUGAGAAAAGCUGAGGUUCAAAGGAUUGCUUAA